AUCAAUUGUUUAGCAGCUCAAGCAACUUCUUGUAGUGUCCGCAGAAUUACCUCGUCGAAUCGUUUCAAAAUGUUCGUCAAACUGAUCAUCUUCGUAUGUGCCGUUGCCGCCGCAGCUGCACGCCCCAACUUUUCGACCGUCGCUUCCUACUCCUCACCGGCGGUGGUUAGUGCUGGUGCUCCAACUGUCCGAUAUACCUCUCCGUUUGGGUACUCGAGUGUUGCUGCCCCGACCGUCGUUUCUCCGUACAGCGCAUCCGUUACUCCUUAUUCCUAUGGUGCCCCUGUAACCUCGUAUGCCGCCGGAACACCACUCGUUUACACCGGUGGAAAUCCUCUUGCUUAUUCUCCCUACGGAGUGUCCCCAUAUGGUUACUACUAAGAAGAGACAUCAGGAGCUCAGUCAUCUGUACCGAUGAUGUUGAUAUCAGGCAGCGAAGCGUUCUUCAAUCUGGUCAAAGUGCAAAAUUACAAACAAACUCAAUAAAAUUUAUUUGUACAAAUUG